UAUAGGCAUGAUGAUCUUAGCAUUAUCUGUGGCUAGACAAAACCUAAGCAAAGCUUUCUAUCAUUCUCUCUGUUGUGGUUCAUCAAUCGUUUCCUUUAUAUGUCUUUAUCUCUUGAUCUCUCUACUCAAACCUAACUUUGAGCAAGUUUGAUUUUGUUUUUUUCAGGUUGAUCACCGAUCCUUAGCAGCAGCAACAGCACCGAUCUUAGACCGUGGCUAUGGAUCCUAAGAUUAAGAUUAACAGAACUGGUCUAUCCGAAACCACUCUGCGCGCUCUGCGCAAAUCAUCUCCAGGAUCUUUAGGAGUGCCUAAACUGAGUCGGAUAAUGACAAAAUCUGAACCUAACUCUCCUUCACCGACCCGUCUUUCACUUGACCGCUCUCCUGCUAACAGGUCUCGUAAGGCUCCAACCCCACCAGAAGUAAGUUUGUCAAUGAAAACUCGUACACGGAGUGUGAAUGGAUCAUCAGAAUCAUCACAACCUCGGUCGAUCCAACUUAAGGAAGAUCUAAGGAAAGCUAAUGAGCUGAUAGCAUCCCUCGAGAAUGAACUUGAACAAGUGCGGGAAGAGUCACUCGAGAAACUCUACGAGGCUUUAGAAUCUCAAAAAACGGCUAAGGAGAGUUUUGAGAUUGAAAAAUUUAAAGCCGUCGAGGCAGGAGUAGAGGCUUUUCAUUUAAAAGAAGAAGAACUAAAGAAAGAACUCGAGAUCGUCAGGAACCAGCACGCUUCAGACUCGGCCGUUCUUCUUUUAGUAACCCGGGAGCUAGAGAAAGUUAGCUUAGAAUUGGCUAAAGCUGACGAUGCCAAGAACAUGCUUCUGAGUCAAGCAGAUGAUGCUACCAAGAGGGCUGCUAUUUUGAAAAGUGAGCUUGAGAAUGCGAGGUGUUUUAAAGCUGAGGUUAAAAAACGAGAUAAGAUCAUCGAGAAGCUUGACGGCGAGAUAGAAGUUUUGAAGAUGGACAAGUCUUACGCGGACGGCUCUGCUGACCAGUGGUGCAACAAAACCAUAGUAUUAGAGAGACAGCUGGAGGAAGCCAAUACGAUGAAGAGAACCGCCUCGGCGUCUCUGGCGUCUCUGACGAAACAGCUGGAAGGAAGCAAUAAAAAAUUGCGCGCUGUGGAGUCUGAGGUGGCUGAUCUCAAGGAUAAGGCCAAGUUGAUGGCGACGGUGGGGCUUAGGCAAAGUCAGGAUCUCGAGAGGUCAGGGCAUAUGCUGGAGGCUGUGGAAGAGUUAUUAUCUAAGGUUGAGAAAGAAGCUAUGAAGCUGAAGAGUGAGGUCGAAACUGUGACUGAGGAGAAGAAAGAGAGUUUAAAGAGAGAACAAAUGCUAUUGGAAGAGAAAAGUAGAAUCUCGUCAGAGCUUGAGAGGUCGAAAGAGAAGUUGUUGAGCCUAGGUGGUCGAGAUUACGAGACGCAAGUAGAACAUUACAAGAAGAUGCUUGACGAGGCGAAGCUUGAGAUUGAUGUACUCGUCAGUGCCUUGGAGCAGACCAAGAUGAGAGAAGCUGGUUUGGUGAAUCACGUGAAGAAGUUUGAGGAAGAGGUUUGUUCUAUGGGGAAAGAGAUUAAUAGGUUGGGUUGUUUGGUUAAGAGGACUAAGGAAGAAGCUGAUGGAGCGUUGAAGAAAGAAUCUGAGAUGAGGGACGAACUUAAAGAAGUGGAGGAUGAGGUGAUUUAUCUUCAGGAGACUCUCAGAGAAGCGAGGGGUGAAAGCUUGAAACUAAAUGCGAAGAUGUUGGAUAAAGAAACCGAGUUUCAAAGCGUUAUUCAUGAGAAUGAUUUACUCGUGAAGAAGAUCAAGGAGUUAGAGGAAGCAUUGGCCAAGAAAGAUAGUGAGCUCAGUGACAGCGAACAAGACUAUGAUUUAGUAGAAACCCUUGAUGGCAUGAACGUGAAACUUGAGGAGAAGAGAGAAGUGAAGGAAGAUUCUUCAGAUGGUAAUGAUGAUGAUGAUGCAGUUGAAGUUGAAUAUAGUAUGUGGGAAAGUUAUCAUACCGGGAAGAAAGAAGGUUUCCACAAGGGGAAAUAAAACAUCACUCUUUGAUUACUUGCAGUUUUUUUGUUGGCGGUGCUGUGGAAUCUCGCUUAUUACAUGUACAGAGGCACACACACCACUCUUUAUCGUUUUUGACUCCCCAUAAGUGUUCUGUCUUUUUGUUAUGGCUUUUGAAAUAGUUUUUUUUUGUUUAGUUGGACUAAUAUGAUUGUUUUCUUCUUUC